AUGCGCUCCUGCUGCCGCCGCCGCCGCUGCUGCUGGAGACCACUCCCUUUCCCCGGAUUUCUGCUCCUGCAGCUUUUCCUGGCCCCUGGUCCUGGGACUGCUGCCACCUAUAACAGAUGUGAUACUAUGUACAAGGGCUUUGCUGACUGUCUAAUGAGCCUUGGGAACAGUAUGGCCCAGAGUGGGCAGUCGCAGCCUGACAAGGGGGCUGGCCUCACACCCCCGGAACUCGAAUCUAUCUGCAGGUCAUGGGAAAACUUUCAGACCUGUGCCAGUGGGGUCCUGGCCAACUGCCCACAAGAGGCAACUGCCAUCUGGGAGUCACUGCAGCAGGAAUUCCGCAAGGUCCAAUACCAGGGCAACCUACAUGACCUGUGCAGCUCUCGGCCCUUUCCCCCAAGCAAUGUUAGGGGUGCAGCCAGUGAGGAGACCAAUCAGGAGACCUUGCAAGGGCCUUCUGCUCCUGCCUCCCCUGCUCCAGCCCCAGCCCCAGCAUUGUUGGCUGCAGCACUGGCCCUCGCCUGCAUCCUGGGGCCCUUGGCUUAGCCAACCAAAGAGAGAGCCUGACCCUCACAGCCCAUCCCUAAGGAGAAGCUGGAGACUUACUCCAAUUGAAUCCAAAGACUGGAUUAAACAUCUAUCAUGUGCAAAGCACUGGGGCUAAAAAGACCAAAUUCCCUUUCUUGAGUCCAGCCCUUCCUUUUCUCCACUUGGUUCUGGGUUCUCCUGGUCUAGAGGAGAUUCCCAUCUUCUCCUUGCCUUCCCAAAUCCAAGGAAAAGGUAUAAAAGAAUAACUCCCAGGGCUCUUGGCACUCUCAAGGGAAAGAAAAUCCUGGGGUCCCAUAUCCCUUUUCUCGGUGUCCACUUAGAGGGGAGAACAGGAUUCCCCAUGUUCUGUGGGGUUCCAUAACCCCUCAGCUAUGUUGGAGGGAGGCACUUACCAAGGGCAGCUCUGACUGGGACUCCAGCAGCAGGUUAGGGAGCUGCAGAGACCUCUCCAAAUCGCGGGCUUGCCUUUCUAUCCCCAGGCCCUGUUCUCCCAUAAUUCCUGCAUCUAUUUAGAGAUCCCUGAGUUUCACAAGACCUCAGGACCCUUGUAUGGGCACCGGAUGCUGUCCCAUGCUUCCCUC